AGGAUGGUGCGAGAACAGUACACCACGGUCACGGAGGGGACUCACAUAGAGCGGCCCGAGAACCAGCAUGUCUACAAGAUCGGCAUUUACGGAUGGAGGAAGCGCUGUCUGUACCUAUUUGUUCUUCUCCUGCUCACCAUCCUCGUCGUGAAUCUCGCUCUCACCAUCUGGAUUCUGAGAGUGAUGUGGUUUUCUCCACUAGGAAUGGGUCACCUGCAUGUUACGGCAGAUGGACUUCGGCUGGAAGGGGAGUCGGAGUUUUUAUUUCCGCUGUACGCCAAAGAAAUACGCUCCAGAGUGGACUCAUCUCUGCUUCUGCAGUCAACUCAGAACGUGACAGUCAAUGCUCGCAACUCAGAAGGGGAGGUCACAGGCAGGGUGAAAGUGGGUGCCCAGAUGGUAGAGGUCCAGAGCCAGCACUUACAGAUCAGUUCUGAGGAUGGCAAGCCGCUGUUCACCGCCGAGGAGCAGGGCGUCGUGGUCGGCACCGGCAGACUGCGGGUAACAGGGCCAGAAGGAGCUCUUUUUGAACACUCAGUGGAGACACCCCUCGUCAGAGCUGAGCACCCAUUUCAAGACCUUAGGUUGGAAUCCCCAACUCGGAGUCUCAGCAUGGAUGCCCCAAGGGGGGUUCACAUUGAAGCUCGCGCUGGGAAAAUGGAGGCCCUUUCUCAGAUGGACAUCGUCUUGCAGAGUAGUGAUGGAGUGCUGGUGCUCGAUGCUGAAACUGUGGGUUUGGCCAAGUUGAAGCAGGGGACACAGGGUCCCUCUGGCAGCUCAAAUGGAGUCUAUGAGAUCUGUGCAUGUCCUGAUGGGAAGCUGUACCUGUCUAUGGCUGGCGAGGCCACCACUUGCGAGGAACACAGCCACAUCUGUCUCUGACCACUCCCUCUUCUGCAGUGCACCUAAGAUGUCCCGGAGAGACAUCAGCCUCAGCCUUUCUGUCCCACAGCUGGAUUGGAGCUGGACUCACUGCUAAAACACUUAGAAGCACGCAGGGGAACGUGCCCACGGGACUGUUGGGCCGAAGACUACCUGGUUUUAGAACGAUGCAAAGAAAUGGCAGGAAUGCAUUCACUGUAUUCCUCUUUCUAGCCCUGCUCCAGAUCUCUCACAAUGAACUGCUACCCACAAUUUACAGUACUCAAUGGCAGACAUCUGUCUCCUCCCAAACGAACGGUUGGCUGGAGGACUCUAACAUGCCCCAACUGUGCACACCUCCUCCUUUAGAUUAAACCUCAAGGGCUCCCUUCAACUGAGUGCAAUGUGUCUGAUUUCACCAAGAGAUCUCCGGGGUUUGCAAGGAGUUUAAGGUCAAUGUGAUUUUCAAUAUGUAGCUAAGGAGAGAAAUGACAUAAAUUUAGUCAUGCCUUCUAUACACACACACACCUAUGAGCAAUAAAAAUGACACUUUUCCAGA